AUGGAGUCUUGGAUUCUGGGCAGUUUCCGGAAGUGCAUGGAGCAAUUGGCAGGAGAGGAGAUCGUCUGGGGAGAUGAUUGGUUGUUGAGCUCCCUUGGUCUCAAUGCAGGUACGGUCAGAGAUAACCUCAGCAGCUCCGAAAGCCCAGCAGGAUCCACAGGUGGCUUGAUCACGGAUGAGCUUGAUCGAUUUGCACUCAGACCAGUGGGUACGGGAAUCGAAAGAAGCUGGGAUGGUAUCGAGGACAGUGUCGACUUCGGUGGCACGGAUUUCAUCGGAGUGAGCUGCAGCGUACUUGACAUCCAUCACACGGGACUUCAUGACCUCCUCAGAAACCUCAACAUGUUCGGUGGUGAAAAGGGAUUGGGCAGAGUUGACGUAGUCAACAAGAGCCUGUCCGGUGAGGGUUUCGAGAGCGGAUUUGUGGUCGAUUGGGACGAAUGCAAGAGUGACAGCACAGAGUGCGGCAAGGACAAAGACCUUCUGAAAAUGAGAAAGAUUCAAAUGAAAACAAGCGUUGUCUUCAUCCAAACGAGAAGACCUAACAGGGACGAACUCACCAUCAUUGUUCCAAGAAGUUGA